CUUCCUAGGGUUUUACUUCAAUCCUUCACUCUUCCCCCUUUCUCUUUAAUUUCUAGGGCUUCACUUCGUUUCCAUUUCCCCCCAACAUCCUGGAAACCCUUAAUUUUCGGGUCUUCAGCCGAAGCUUGUUUCUUUUGUAAAUUUAUGCUGUUUGAGAAAUGUUCGGUGGUGUACUGUUGGUUUAGUUAGGAUGUCGUUUUGUAGUUUUGGGUUUGUUUAUCCUAUUACAAUACUAGAUGGGUCGGUGAGUUAUUGGUGAUUAUGUUCAAACUGUGGUUGAUUAGUAAUUCUGGGAUUACUCUUGAGAUUCUUGGAUGUCGGAUCGAACAUGAUUUAAAUAGGCAUUGUUUAAGUUGAAUCCAUGGUUGAUUUACAUUGUUAUUUUGUUUCUGUUUUUAUUUUUAGUUCCUGUCUGGUUAGUAACUCCCAAUGUGAGAGUUUUGUUUUUCGGUUUGUGUCGGCAGACAAAGGGCGUAUAGUUAGGAGGAGACAAUGAGGUUGGAGAAGUGCUGGUUCUGUUCUUCAACUGUAUAUCCUGGGCACGGUAUCCAGUUUGUUCGUAAUGAUGCGAAGAUUUUUCGAUUUUGUAGAUCUAAAUGCCACAAGAACUUCAAAAUGAAAAGGAAUCCUCGUAAGGUGAAGUGGACUAAGGCCUAUAGGCGGUUGCGUGGAAAGGAUAUGACACAGGAUACAACUUUUGAGUUUGAGAGGAAGAGAAAUAGGCCUGAGAGAUAUGACAGGAAUAUUACAGAAAACACUCUCAAGGCCAUUAAGAAGAUUGACAAGGUUAGAGUCGUCAGAGAGGUGAAGCACUAUGAGAAGAGGAUGAUUAAGGACAAGAAACCCCAAUUUGUGCAUGAUAAAAAGGAAUUGGAUCAGAGCAUUACAAUGAUUAAGGCUCCUGAAUCGAUUCGACAAGAUCAGAAUAAAGUCAAGGUCUCAAAGUCAGUGGAACAAGUCCAUGCAAUGGAGGAGUAAUUUUAUUAUUAGCUUGUAGGUUUCAAUGUAUUAAUAUUGGCCAGCAUCAGUUUGUAUUGAGCAUCUAUCUGUCUUUCCCUGUUAUCUUAUUUGCUUACUCUUCAUUCAGUACGUGGUUGUUUUCCUGGAUAAAUACUAUUGAUCUUUAAAUGUGAUAUAGAAGAAUUGGUAAUGGUGCCCGGUCAUUUGGUUUU